GGAUAUCUCCAGAACAGCCAUUGCUAACCUUCCAGCCAAAGGACUGGAAAGCCUUAAAGAGCUAAUGGCCAAAAAUACGUGGACUUUAAAGAAAUUACCAGCUGUAAAGAUAUUUCUUCAGCUAAUGCGAGCUGACCUAUCAUAUCCAAGUCACUGCUGUGCUUUCAAGAGCUGGAAAAAAAACAGUGGAAUCCUGGAGUACCUGACAUGUAACCAAAGCAUCAGUCACAGCUUUCGUAAGAGGUCAGUCAAAGCUCUCAGAGGUCCAUUUUACAAAGACUAUGCGGAAGAAUACACAGACCACACUGAUACUGUGUAUGACAAAAACAUCAAGUUCACGAAUUUUCACGAAAAUUCUCAUUAUUACAUUUUUAUGGAAGAGCACGGAGAAGGCAAUCUUGGAUUUGGCCAAGAGCUCAAGAACCCUCAAAUGGAAGACAUCCAAACCUUUGACAGUCAUUAUGACUAUCCUGUCUGCGGAGGCAAUGAAGAUGUAGUAUGUACUCCAGAGCCUGAUGAGUUUAAUCCCUGUGAGGAUAUAAUGGGAUAUCAAUUUCUGAGGAUUGUGGUGUGGUUUGUGAACCUGCUGGCCAUCCUGGGUAACAUUUUCGUCCUUUUCAUCCUUCUCACCAGCCAUUAUAAACUGACUGUACCACGCUUUCUGAUGUGUAACUUGGCCUUUGCUGAUUUUUGCAUGGGGUUAUAUCUCCUCCUCAUCGCUUCAGUGGAUCUUUACACCAGGUCAGAGUACUAUAACCACGCUAUAGAGUGGCAGACUGGGCCUGGUUGCAACACAGCUGGCUUUUUCACAGUCUUUGCUAGUGAACUUUCUGUAUACACACUGACUGUGAUAACCCUGGAGCGCUGGUAUGCCAUCACUUUUGCCAUGCGCCCAGAUCGAAAGAUUCGCCUCCGGCACGCCUUGGUUAUCAUGCUGGGAGGGUGGCUCUCAUGCUUUCUUCUUGCCCUUUUGCCACUGGUUGGCGUCAGCAGCUAUAGCAAAGUCAGCAUCUGCUUGCCUAUGGACACGGAAACACCAAUGGCUGAAGCCUACGUUGUCUUCGUUUUAAUAUGUAACAUUAUUGCUUUUGUCAUCAUUUGUGCCUGCUAUGUAAAAAUCUAUGUAACUGUGCGAAACCCUCAGUACAAGUCAGGGGACAAAGACACCAAAAUUGCCAAGCGGAUGGCUGUGUUGAUUUUCACUGACUUUCUGUGCAUGGCUCCCAUCUCUUUCCAUGCUUUAUCUGCCAUUAUGAACAAACCAUUGAUAACUGUCACCAAUUCCAAGAUUUUGCUGGUACUCUUCUACCCACUCAAUUCUUGUGCCAACCCCUUUCUUUAUGCUAUUUUCACCAAAGCUUUCCGAAGAGAUGUGUUUAUCCUGCUAAGCAAGUUUGGUAUAUGUGAGCAUCAGGCUCAAGUCUACAGAGGUCAGACAAUCUCAGCCAAAACCAGCAGCGGCUCUUAUGGGCAGAGAAUCAGCCGAAGGAUAGGCCAGAUUCUUACAAGCAUUCAAGACCCAGUCAACGAUUACCUUCCUGCUGUGACAACACAGAACCAAAUUCUCAUGGAAGAAUGCAAGCAAACUGAGCUAUAA